AUGUCGGGCAACCCAUCCUCCUCCACCCCCUCGAUGUUCCUCAAAGACUUGCUUCUCACCCCGGACGGGUGCGCCCCGGACGACGACCCGUCUCACUCCUCCGUCUCUCAAAACCCAAUCAUGCGCAUGACCGAUCAAAUCUUAUUCGGCGGCCCUUCGGGAAAAAUGGGAAACGAAUCCGUUCGGGAAAAGCAGAUGCAACGAGACCGAGAGACGGGCGAGACGUUACAGCAGAAGCAACGGUGGACGGCAGAUCAGGAGAGGCAGAGACGAAUGAACAAUAUGAGUGGUGGACGGCAGCAGCAGAGAGCGCGGUCGGACGUGAUGGCGAGGCAAGUCGCGCCGGCUAUGGAGAGAGAGUACGAGAGGCAAUUAGUGCAACAACAACAGCAACAACAAAGUAUGGACCAAGCGUGGCGACGGGAACAAGAAAUGAUGGCAGAGCAACGUCAGAGAGACGCGAUGAUGAUGAGAGAAAGAAACGAAGUUGGUUUGAUGACGCCAGCGCCGAUGAUGGAGAUGCAAAUGCGACAGCAACAACAACGACAGGAUUGGGGCGGGGAGUUUGCGCGCGAGCGAGAACAACAACAACAACAACAACAACAACAACAAAGAAUGAUGAUGGGGAAUAACGGUGGCGAAUGGGCGAACGAGUUCGCUCAGAGGCAAAUGCAACAAAAUGGGCAGAUGGUUAACGGUGCAAGCGCUCGGUGGGUGAACGAGUUCGAGCAGAUGCGUGGUGCGGAGCACGCGAGGUGGGCGAAUGAGUUUACGCAGCAAAGGAACGGCUAUAAUCCGCCGCAGCAAUGGGCAAACGAGUUCGCACAGCAACAACAGCAUCAACAACAGCAUCAACAACAGCAACAGCAUCGAGGAGAAACGAGAGUGGACGCGGAGACGAGAAUGCACAGCGCGGAGUUGGCGAGAACGCUCGCGCAAGAUCCGAAAUUUGUAAAUUCGUCCUUCGUGAAGCUUAUGCAAAAUAUCGGCUCGGGACAAGUUGCCGUUCGCGAUAACGAUUUAAGAACCGUCAACGGUGAGCGUCAAGUGAACGUGGAAAGCGAGGAUUGGGCAAAGGAGUUUCAAAGUGCAAAUAUUAGUGGCGGCGAGCGAUGGGCGAACGAGUUUCAAUCAACGUUGCGUCAGCAGCAAGCAAAACAUCAACAAACAAAUUCGGCGCAAGCCGCGGAGAAUUGGGCGAACGAAUUUUCGAGUUUACCGGAACAAUGGGCGAAUGAAUUCACGCAAACGCACCCGCAAUACGCAAAUCAAUUCGAUUCCGCGUGGAACGAGAGCGCGGCGCAAGUGAUGAACAAUGAAAAAAAUAAUGCGUACGUGUUUACGCAUCCGAACCCCUACGACGGGAAUGUGAACGCGCUUCAAAUCGGGAAGGAUCUCGUCAAGAGUGGUGUUUUAUCCGAGGCAACGUUAGCAUUGGAAGCCGCAGUGAAGCAACCAGAGACGCAACAGAGCUCAACCACAGAAGCGUGGCGAUUGCUCGGCGAAGCGCACGCCGAAAACGAUGACGACGUUCGCGCCAUCGCGGCAAUGCGAGAAGCGCACAGACUCGACCCUCUCGACGCCGAAGUUGCUUUACAACUCGCCGUCAGUCACACGAACGAGCUCGAGAAAACAGAGGCUAUUCAACACGCCGUUUCGUGGCUUCGUCAACAACAGGGCGUGUCGCAUUUGGUAGAAAGUAAAAAUAUUAUGGAUGAAAACGAAGCCCGCGACGCGUUCCGAGAAGCGUCCAGAUUACAACCGCAAAAUGCAAACAUUCACGCCGUGGUUGGCGUGUUAGCACACUUGACGAGAGACUACGAUGAAGCCGUGCGGGCAUUUGAAACAGCCGCACGUUUGAAUCCGCAAGACCAUCGUUUACAUAACAAAAUUGGCGCCACCAAAGCCAACGCGGCGAAAAGUUCCGAGGCAAUCUCCUCUUAUCGAAGCGCGCUCGAUUUGAAACCGAACUAUACUCGCGCGUGGACGAAUAUGGGGAUUGGAUUUGCGAACCAAGGACGAUAUGAGGCCUCUGUGGCGUAUUAUUUGAGAGCGUUAGAGCUAAACCCAAACGCUGAGAACGCGUGGGGAUACUUGAGAAUAAGUUUAGGAUGUACUGGACGAAUUGAUCUUAUGCCGCUCGUGGACGAGAAGAACGUCCGAGCUUUGGCGAGAGAAUUUCCGGUCGGUACGGCAUGA